AUGAUUAUAGUGAUCAUCAUAGCAUUGUUGGGUGUUAUGAUUAGUGGUUACAAAGCCCUAAAACCACCACCUCCCAAAAUAUGUGGCUCACCAAAUGGUCCACCAAUUACUUCACCAAGAGUCAAACUCAAUGAUGGAAGACAUUUGGCUUAUAGAGAAGAUGGUGUUCCUAAACACAAAGCAAAAUACAAAAUCAUUGUUGUUCAUGGCUUUGCUUCUUCCAAAGAACAAAGAAUUCCUGCCCCAAAAGAUGUUGUGGAGGAGCUUGGGAUAUAUUUGUUGCAUUUUGAUAGAGCUGGUUAUGGAGAUAGUGAUCCAUAUCCAAGUCGAAGUGUAAAGAGUGAAGCUUUUGAUGUUGAACAACUUGCUGACAAGUUGAAUAUUGGCAAGAAAUUUUAUGUCCUUGGAUCCUCACUUGGUGGCUAUGUCAUUUGGAGUUGCCUCAAAUACAUACCUCAUAGAUUAUUAGGAGUUGGGCUUGUAGUUCCUUUUGUGAACUUAUGGUGGCCAUGUUUGCCUGGAAAUCUUGGUAAAGAAUCACUUGAGAAGUUGCCUAAACAAUAUCAAAUUACAUAUAAGAUUGCUCGUUAUGCUCCUAGCUGGAUCUUCUAUUGGUGGAUGACUAAUAAAUGGUUCUCUCACUUAAGAGUAACACCUCAACUCAAUACACUAGCCUUCACUCAAAAGGAUUUACAAAUUGAGAAAAAGUGUCAACAAGAUUAUUACUAUGGUCCGGAGAAGAUUGAACAACAAGGUGCUUAUGAAUCAGUGAUAAGAGAUUUAUUGGUGACAUAUAGAAGAUGGGAGUUUGAUCCAUUAGACAUUGCUAAUCCAUUCCCAAACAAUGAAGGCUCAGUUCAUCUUUGGCAAGGUUACCAAGAUAAGAUCAUUCCUUACCAAAUCACAAGAUUUCUUUCCAACAAAUUGCCAUGGAUUAAUUAUCAUGAGGUUGCUGAUGGAGGCCAUAUGUUUUUCUUUCACCCACCUACUUGUGGAUCUAUGUUGAAGACUUUUUUACUUAAGUGACUACUUAAUAUUCCUUAAUUAAUUUCAAAUUAUAGUUUUUUUCUUCUUUUUUGAAUAAAAUUAUGUAGUUUUUUCUAGUUUAUCUAAAAU